CUGCCUCUCAACGUCUAUAUAUAGAGGGCCUCCCAAAUCAUCCCCUUCUAAAAUUAGUAUUUCCCUCUCUAACGGUUUUAUUUAUUCGUCACGUUUUACCCUUCUACUUCUUUUUAACCAACCGACUCACCGGAAAAUGAUUACGUGGCAUGACUUGUACACUGUUCUGACAGCGGUUGUGCCUCUCUACGUCGCCAUGAUUCUAGCCUACGGCUCCGUCCGGUGGUGGAAAAUAUUCUCCCCAGACCAGUGCUCCGGGAUCAACCGCUUCGUCGCCAUUUUCGCAGUCCCUCUCCUCUCUUUCCACUUCAUCUCCACAAACAAUCCAUACGCCAUGAAUCUCCGGUUCAUCGCCGCCGACACGCUUCAGAAGAUCAUCAUGCUCUUCUUACUCAGCCUAUGGGCAAACCUAACGAAGAAAGGAAGCUUGGAGUGGAUGAUCACCAUCUUCUCUCUCAGCACCCUUCCCAACACUCUCGUCAUGGGAAUACCUUUACUGAUCGCUAUGUACGGUGUCGAAGCAGGCUCUCUCAUGGUUCAGGUCGUUGUUCUUCAGUGUAUCAUUUGGUACACUCUCCUUCUCUUCCUCUUCGAGUACCGUGGCGCUAAGCUUCUGAUCAUGGAGCAGUUCCCGGAGACGGCUGGGGCUAUUGUCUCCUUUAAAGUUGAAUCCGACGUCGUUUCCCUUGACGGCCAUGAUUUUCUUGAGACGGAUGCUGCGGUCGGAAACGACGGGAAGGUUCACGUCACGGUGAGGAAAUCAAACGCUUCGAGGCGGUCACUGAUGAUGACGCCUCGGCAUUCGAAUCUUACCGGAGCAGAGAUCUAUAGUAUGAGCUCGACUCCUAGAGGUUCAAACUUUAACAACUCUGAUUUUUACUCGGUGAUGGGGUUUCCCGGCGGGAGGCUAUCUAACUUCGGUCCGGCGGACCUCUACUCCGUUCAGUCUUCCCAAGGUCCGACUCCACAAGCACCAGCCGGGUCGUACCCGGCUCCGAACCCGGAGUUGGGUUUAACUAAACCGAACAAAUCACCUAAAGAAAACCAACAGCUGGAAAAGAAAGGGAGCCAUGACGCCAAGGAGCUUCACACGUUUGUUUGGAGCUCCAGCACUUCGCCGGUAGGUGAACACGUGGCAAAGGAGCAAUCUGAAGACGGUGCUAAGGAGAUCAGGAUGGUUGUGUCUGAUCAACCUCGAAAGAGUGAUGUUAGAGGGGGUGAUUAUAUCGAUGGUGUUGAGGUUGAAAAGGAGAUACAGAGAGCUAACAAGGUGGACUUAUGUUCCACGGCGGAGUUAGAAGCAGCCGGUGGAGGCACCGGAGCACAUAUGCCACCGACAAGUGUGAUCACGCGUCUGAUUCUGAUAAUGGUGUGGAGAAAACUCAUCAGAAACCCAAAUACUUACUCCAGUCUUAUUGGUCUCAUCUGGGCUCUUGUUUCUUACCGGUGGCAUGUGGCUAUGCCCAAAUUAAUACAACAAUCCAUUUCUAUACUCUCAGAUGCUGGUCUCGGAAUGGCUAUGUUCAGCUUAGGUUUGUUCAUGGCACUUCAACCCAAAAUCAUUGCAUGUGGGAACUCAGUCGCCACGUUCGCCAUGGUCGUCAGAUUUAUUACUGGUCCUGCCAUCAUGGCUGUUGCUUCGCUCGCCAUUGGUCUACAUGGCGCUCUUCGUAUAGCCAUCGUUCAGGCUGCGUUGCCUCAAGGAAUAGUUCCGUUUGUGUUUGCAAAAGAGUACAAUGUGCAUCCCACGAUUCUCAGCACUGCGGUUAUAUUUGGUAUGUUAAUAGCCUUACCAAUAACUCUGGUCUACUAUAUUCUUCUUGGUCUUUAAAUUGGUUCUUCACACGCCUUCAACUAGCUUCUGAGCAAGCCUCGAAGAUUGGGUUAUUUCUCGGUAACCAUGAAAUAAACAGAGGCUUCAAAUUCGUGGAAAAGAGUAGAAAGUUAAAAAAGAAGAUAUGCCUUCGGUUCUUGGUUUCAAGAUUUGUGGAACACAACAAAAGUUCGUAGGAUUUUGUGAACAAGAUUGCAUGGAGCAAGGAUCUUGUCUUCAUUUCAAUUUUUUUUUUUUUUUUUUUUUGAUCUUCAUUACGCGCCAAAAAAAGCCUCUCUUUCAUCGAUAUUAGUUUUUUUUGUUAAUUUAUUUGUAGAUUUUCGCUAAGCAAAUGUAAUGCAUUAUAUACUACAUAUACACCCGUGUGUGUGUGUCUGCACGUUUUAUUAAUAGAGUGUUUGCACCUUAUGAGCAUCACUGUUCA